AUGUGGACCAGGUUUGGUGCCACCAAUGCGAGAUCCAGUGGCUUGUCUCCGGGCAGCUCACUCAAAGUGAGUCCGACAUGCUGCAUACCACGGCAAAUACCAGUAAGCGAUGCACCUCUGUUGAUUCUGUUUCAUGCAGUUCUAACGCCAGAAGUUUAUGAAUUCCCCGAUGGGCAAUUUGCUGGCCUCCAGAAGGCACCCAAUGUAGCAAUCAACGUGCCAAACGCCAUCAUGCCCAUCAUUGUCGUUGAAAGUGGGUGGAGCGGAUCCCUCGACAGACUACGCGAAGAUGCAGACGAAUGGCUCGUAGGAGGGAAUGGCGCUGUCCAGGCUGCCGUCAUUAUAAACUGGACCGCCAACCGCACAACCCGUCGUAUCCGGGGUGUCGUGGAGCUCUACACAUUAGACAAAAGUGGCAUGCCACGGCUCCAGCAACGCGAGGUGCGGGAUAUGGUCUUGUUAUCAUCAUUGUGUUCAAGAUAG